GUGUUCUGUCACGUGGCGGGUGAGACCAUUCAGUUCCUGGUCAGCGCGGUGCCAGCCUCGUCUGAAGAUGCAGGGUGCCAGGUGUACGGCGUGCGGGUGUCCCCAUUUCAUCUGCAGCUGGAGCUCUACAUGCAAGAGAAGAGAGAGGACAUUCAGAUCAAGUGGUCCUUCGUCAGUGCACCAGAGAUGGCGGUGAUGGUCCAGCCCAAAGCCCCGAGGGAGGACCCGGCGGUUGGGACAGAGGCCGUAGCUGAAAGUCUCAAGGAUAUUUUGAAGCACCUGGUUAGCGCCGCCUCCCCAUCGGUGGUUCUGAGCACCAAGCCUGUGGAUGUGAGGGAAGUGCAGCUACAGCGCACUUCAUCUACUCAGGAAUCCUGCCCUCCCAAACCUCCAAGGGCUCACGAGCUCAAACUGCUGGUGAAGAAUAUCCGAGCCUCACUGCUGAGCCGUCCUGGUGCCUCAGGCAGCGUUAACCCUGUGUGCGUAGUUGAGCUGAACGAGCCCAUUCAGAAGUUCUCCAGCAGCCUCGCGAAAAGCACUGCCACCCUCACUUGGGAAGAAGAAUUCACCUUUGAGUUGAAUGCCAAGUCCAGGGAGUUGCACCUGCAGAUUUCAGAGGAUGGGCGAUCCUCAGAAGCUCUGUUGGCGACGACGACUGUCCCCUUGGAUUUGUUUAAGAAGCAGCCUUCCGGGCCGCAGAGCUUCACGCUGACCAGUGGGUCCUCCGCAGGCUGCUCGGCGCUGGGCUCGGUCACCGCGGAGUUUUCUUACAUAGAACCCAGCGAAGCAAAAUCCUGGCAACUCCCUUCACCUGCUCCUGCUGCAAAGAUAGAGAAAGACCGCACGGUGAUGCCCUGCGGGACCGUGGUCACUACUGUCACUGCCGUGAAAACCAAGCCUCGCCUCGACGCGGGGAGAGCCUCCCCGCUGAGCUCCGAGUCUCCCCUGCGGACACCUGUCAAGGUGAAGGUCAUUGAGAAGGACAUCUCUGUCCAAGCCGUCCCCUGCCAUGGCGCCCCCGUCAGCAAGACGUUCUCCUCCUCAGACACAGAGCUCCUGGUGCUGACCGGCACGGACCCCGUGGCCGAAGUCGCCAUCCGACAGCUCAGCGAGUCUUCAAAGCUAAAGCUCAAAUCUCCACGGAAAAAGAGCACGCUCAUCAUCUCCGGGGUCUCCAAGACCUCGCUAUCUCAGGACAGCGACGCCUCCCUGAUGCUGGACUACGCGGCCUCCAUGCACAGUGCCCACCAGAAGGACGGCCCGGACAGUCUGGGGGCGGAGGUGGCCCCUGCCCCGCCUGAGGAGGAGGAGGGGGCCUCGGCCGGGGCCCUGCCGGCCCUGGAGCCUCAGGAGAGUGAACUGGACUCCUGGGACUUGGAGAAGGAGCCCCAGGCCGGGGCGUGGGGCGGCCGGGCCCCGCCCGACCCCGAGGGGGACGAGCUUUCGGAGAGCUCCCUGAGUGUGUCAGAGCUGGAGCCGGGCGCCACCAAGAAGCAUAAAGGAGGGAUUUUUAGGAAAGGCGCCAAGCUGUUCUUCCGCCGGCGGCACCAGCAGAAGGACCCCGGCCUGAGCCAGUCACACAACGACCUCGUGUUCCUGCAGCCGCCGGAGGGGGCGCGGAGGAAGGGGGCGACCCUCGCCCGGAUCCUGAACAAGAAGCUGCUGUCCAGGCACAGGGGCCAGGGCACUGUGAACAGCGUCCCCGUGGACCCCUGCCCGUAGCCCCCUGCACCGCCAAUGCUGCAGACGCGCACCCACCGGAACCACCUGCCGGGACCCCGCAGGAGGGCCAGCCAGCUGUGAGACGGCCGCCAGCUCUAGCUGGGUUUUUUCCAACAAUUUCAUCUUUUAAAGGGG